GUGAGAAUGCAGGGGGUUGGGGGUUUUUGGGGGGAGGGAAUGGUUGCACCAGAAAGGCUCAGCAAAGGAAGCGACAGGACGAGAUCGUCCCUCCCCUGUCCGACGCGCAGCCCCGGCGCCUGUUCGCUGCUCCAUGGCGGCAGCCGGAGGCGCGGAAGGGGAGGCGCUGCGGGCCGUGAGGAAAUGCCUGGCCAGGUUCGCGGCCGAGACGAGGGGCGUCGGGAACAGCGUAUGCACUUGGUUGGCACUCGUUUCGAAUUGUGUUUGGCAGAAUCCGUGCCAUACCUUGAUGGCCUUCCACCUCCCCUGGAAUUUUAUCAGGAGUGGGUGUGCCCGAACAAGCCAUGUAUAAUUCGGAAUGCAUUCGACCACUGGCCGGCUCUGACGAAGUGGACCUUAACUUACUUGAGGGAGGUAAUGAGCUCCAAGUUGGUGAGCGUGGCAGUGACUCCAAAUGGUUAUGCUGAUGCUGUUUACCAAGACCGGUUUGUCUUGCCAGAGGAACGACGCAUGCCUUUCAGUGCUUUCUUGGACAUUGUGGAGAAGAAAGUCACUUCCCCAGGAGUGUUCUAUGUGCAGAAACAGUGCUCAAACCUGACUGAGGAAUUUCCUGAACUCAUGGGUGACGUGGAGCCUGACAUACCCUGUAUGACCAAGGCCCUUGGAAAGAAGCCUGAUGCUGUGAAUUUCUGGCUAGGAGAGUCAGCUGCAGUGACAUCUUUGCAUAAAGACCAUUAUGAAAAUGUGUACUGUGUGAUUUCGGGAGAGAAACAUUUUCUACUGCAUCCACCAAGUGACCGCCCCUUCAUCCCGUAUGAGCUGUACCCACCAGCAACUUUCCACAUAUCAGAAGAUGGGUCAUUUGAAAUUGUAGAUGAGGACUCUGCGGAGAAGGUGCCCUGGAUUCCAUUGGAUCCUUUAAAUCCAGACCUAGAACGAUACCCAGACUAUGUUCAGGCAAAGCCUUUGAAAUGUACUGUAAAGGCUGGAGAGAUGUUGUAUCUCCCUUCUCUCUGGUUCCAUCAUGUUCAGCAGUCACAUGGCUGCAUAGCAGUGAAUUAUUGGUAUGAUAUGGACUAUGACCUGAAGUACUCUUACUAUCAGCUUCUGGAUUCUCUCUCAAAAGUUGUAGCACUGAAGUAGUCCACGUGUGACACCUUGGAACAGCUAACCUUCUACACUCUGUAGAAGGAGCUCUGGCUGGAAUGAUAAAAUAUGCUAUUCAGAUGAGCUGGAUGUUAAUAAUAUAUCAGUGGUCUAUCCAACAAUGCACAACUAUGAUUAACAGAGUUCAUUAUCAAGUGGAUCCAGGCUAUAUUGUGCUUUUGUAGUUGUUUAUCUUGAGUGAACUGUGAGACCAGCAGUAACCUGUUGUGUUCCAUUACUCUAUCAGUUAUGAGAUCCCUCAUAUGAACAACAUUACAUUGGGAUGAACAACAUUGCAUUCAUCCUGGAGCAUGUUUCUAGUCUAGUUGUCCUGGUGGAAAGGCUGUGUCUGGAGACUGAAAGUCAUGUGUGGGAUUGUUAAUGUGUCUCUCUUUGCUGUUUGGUGUUAUUGAUCAUCUACUGUACCUGGAUUGGUUACAAGAUUUGUUGGGAAUGCAAAGCACUGUUCUCCAGAGGUUCUGCAGUAAUCUGACCUGUCUUUCCAGGAGUCUUGGUAUUAUGAAAUAGAAAUUGGAGGCCUGCAAGGAAUUGCAGGGGAAGUGGGGAAAUAUUUGGGAAAUUAGUGGUCCAACCCAAAUCUAUCACAUCAGGAAACUAUAGCUCUUUGGUGAGGGGUGGACGUGAUUAUGAACAUUUAGAAGGGUAAUUAUUUUUUUAAAACCUUUUAUUUCCCUUCUUCAGCUGAUGUUCAACUGUCCUCAACAUUCCAUAUCUCCUGGCUAUCAGUGAGCGUACUCAGUCCUCAUAACACCAAGCAUUUUUUUUUGCAAGGAGCAAGAUUCUUUUUUAAAAAAAAAACCCACUUUUUUACAUACUUGGGAGGCCCUGUUUUGCUGUCCUAUUGAUAUUAAUUAUGAAGUUAUUCAAAAGAACAAGUUGAGGGCCUGUAAGGAUUCACGAGAGAAAAAAAACCCCAAGUUGGAACUUCCCCAUCCUUAGAAUUCAAUCUUUUGGGAUUCUAUAAUCUCUCAAGGGCUAGAGCAGGCUAAUCUUCCCUUUUAUUUAACUGAUUCUCUACUCUUCUUAGUAUUCUUUGCCUCUUGGCCCUGCUCAGUCAUCAGGACAUUUCUGCCAGUUUUUUUCCCUCUAGUUAAUUUACAAAGCCAAUACCCGCUACAUGUCUGGGGAGUGCCCCCCUCCCAAUACAUUAAACCCCCUACCCUGUCUAGUUUUCCUGCUUUUAUUAUCACAUCUAAAGCCAGCCAUUAUUAGAAGUGAUGACUGCUUGCCUUGCCAAGAUGUACUCUGUGGGUUGUAACUUGUCCUCAGUACCAUUGGUUUUUGUAUGAAUUUAAAGGGGGAGGAACUUUGGAUUGAUUUGUCACCAACAUAUAUUACUGUACUGAUAACAGCUAGCAAUAUGUUUCAUUAUUUCCAGAUCCAAAAGUACUGGUCUCAUCCCUGAGUCAGUAUCAGGAGUAAUAAUGGGCAAGUUUAACAAACUAAAGCUGAAUCAAGACAUGUCAAAGGCUACAAUAGUUGGUUUCCUAUUUAAUAAGGAGUAUUGAUGGGGUUGUUCUGACCUAGAUGGCCCAGGGAGGCCUGAUGUCACCAGUUCUCAGAACCUAAGCAGGGUCAGUCCUGGUUAGUACUUGGUUGGGAUCCCACCAAGGGAUUUCAGAGUCUCUAUGAAAAGGAAGGCAAUGACAAACCACCUGUGUUAGUGCUUUGCCUUCUGGAUUGCUAUAAGUUGGCUGCGGCUUGGUGUUAUUUUUUAUUCACAUUGAUGAGGGUACCUGUUCUGGGCAUGAGUAGCUUCUGGAGUCCCAGGUGUUAGUACCAGGUGUGUUUUAUCAUCACUAGUAGUUGUAUCUUUUCCUAGAGGAUAAGGACAUGGCCACUGUAAUAACUUCUGAGAUUGAUUACCAUGAAGCUUCAGUCCUGAAUCUGCACUGGCUUUCUAAUAUCUUCCAUGUACAAUUCAAAAUCAAGAUGCUGAUUAUCAACCCUCAGUGUUUUUAGGAACACCGUUUUAGCCUCACAUUUCAUUGUCAUUUUCAAGGAAGGCUUCUGUUGGUUUCUGUUGCUUUGUUGAAUGAGAAUAGGAUCUUUUCUGGAUUGUUUUCCCACCUUCAGAGGUGCCUGCCAAAAGAAAUCUGUUUUUUUCCCUCAGGUAUUGGAGAUUUAGUUUAGACUGACCUUUAUUCAUUUCAGUUCUGCUGACUCCCAUGCACAAGUCAGAAUACAGGCAAUGAGCAGCUAAAGUGUAUAAAGGAGCAAGCCCUGACCACAUCUCUAAAGAAGGGGAAGUAGAGAUUGUAUUUCUAAAGAGUUGGCUGCAUAGAAGAAAGAUCAUUUGGAACAGGGAUUUAUGGUGAACACCAGAAUCAAUCGGGAUAUCAACUGCCUUUCCCCUAGGGUAUAGCUUUAUUUAUCUGCUUUUUUAUUGUGUGCUUCCUUAAGCAGUAGUUUUUAAAAAUACUACUAAUAAAUUCUGCUACUAA